CAGUGUGUCUGGGUGUCGGGCGCUGCGCGGUGGCCCGGCGGCUUGGGUGUGUGGACCGGAGUGUGUGCACACGUGCGCGUGGACCUCGGGUGCCUCGGCUCGGCGCGCACGGCCCCGGGGGGUCCGGGCGUGCAGGUGGAGUGUGUGCGUGCAGCCUGGGCGGCGGGGCGGGCGGGAGCCGCAGGGCGGAGCGUGGGCGCGCGGGCCUUUGUGCCUGCGGGUGUGCGCGUGGGCGCCGCCGCCCGCUGUCCCGGGGGUGCUGACUGCUGUCCCGGAGGAUGCUAACCCCAGGGGCCGGCCGUGGUCGCUCCCGCCCUGUUCCUUCCCGGAACCCGGCACGCUCUCCGCGCCCCCACCCCCGCCCCGCCUCGCCUCUGCGCCGCGACCGGGACCCGCCCCUGGGUUCCUCGAAAGCCCGGCAGGACACUGGGAGACCCUGGAGGCUACCUGCCAGGCCCCUCGCGGCUCGCGGCCGAGCGGGGAGAGGCGGGAGCGGGGAGAGAAGCGCGAAGAUCCUGCAGCAGCCGCGGCGGAGGAGCCGGGACCCGCCAUCCCCGUCCCCGCCCUGCGCGGUCCGGCCUCUCCGCCCGCUCCCCCUGCGCGCGCCUCCGCGCCCCCUCAGCCUCCCGCUCCGGAGCCGGUUCCUCAUGCCCACUCCAGGCCCCCUGGCAUUUUUUUGCUUCCCCGGGGGUCCCUCAGCAGGCUCAGUCUCUCUUACCCCUUCCACUCUCCUUCCUUUCCCUUCCCGGCGCCCUCUUCUCUUCUCCUGUCCCAGAGUUCCCGGACAGGGGCUGAGGGCCGGGCAAUGGAGGUAAGGGGGGGGGGGACAGAAAAGGGGGGGACUGGGUGUGCCCUGGUACCAAGUGUCCUGGCAAAGGGACGUGAAGAGAAGUCAUCUAUGGGCAGUAGGGCUGGGGGCUCCAAGGACCUCUGGGUGUGUGGGGGCUGGAGGAGGAAAAGGGCGGAGGGGUGGCGGGCUGAGGGAUUGACCCCAGCAUCCCUGGUUCUACCCACAGUGACCGCAGCUCCCCAGGAGCCCCCUGCCCGGCCUCCCCAGGCGGGCAGCGGAAUUGGACGGGCCCCUGGGCGCGCCAUGCGCAGCACCACUCUUCUGGCACUGCUGGCACUGGUCCUGCUCUACCUGGUGUCCGGUGCCCUGGUGUUCCAGGCCCUGGAGCAGCCCCACGAGCAGCAGGCCCAGAGGGAGCUGGGGGAGGUCCGAGAGAAGUUCCUGAGGGCCCAUCCGUGUGUGAGCGACCAGGACCUGGGGAUCCUCAUCAAGGAUGUGGCUGAUGCUCUGGGAGGGGGUGCGGACCCUGACAUCAACUCCUCCAGUAACAGCAACCACUCAGCCUGGGACCUGGGCAGCGCCUUCUUUUUCUCGGGCACCAUCAUCACCACCAUCGGUUACGGCAACGCGGCCCUGCGCACGGAUGCGGGUCGCCUCUUCUGCAUCUUUUAUGCGCUGGUGGGGAUCCCGCUGUUCGGGAUCCUGCUGGCAGGGGUCGGGGACCGGCUGGGCUCCUCUCUGCGCCGUGGCAUCGGUCACAUCGAAGCCAUCUUCCUGAAGUGGCACGUGCCACCGGGGUUGGUGCGAAUCCUAUCGGCGGUGCUCUUCCUGCUGAUCGGCUGCCUGCUCUUUGUCCUCACGCCCACGUUCGUGUUCUGCUACGUGGAGGGCUGGAGCAAGCUGGAGGCCAUCUACUUCGUCGUGGUGACGCUCACCACGGUGGGCUUCGGGGACUAUGUGGCCGGCGCCAGCCCCAACCAGAGCAAUGCAGCCUACCAGCCGCUGGUGUGGUUCUGGAUCCUGCUCGGCCUGGCCUACUUCGCCUCGGUACUCACCACCAUCGGGAACUGGCUGCGAGUAGUGUCCCGACGAACUCGGGCAGAGAUGGGCGGCCUCACGGCGCAGGCCGCCAGCUGGACCGGCACGGUGACGGCGCGGGUGACCCAGCGAGUCGGGCCCACGGCACCACCGCCGCUGGAGAAGGAGCGGCCCUUCCUGCCUCCGCCGCCGUGCCCGGCGCAGCCCGCCGGCAGGCCCCCGUCCCCGCUCCCGGUGAAGGCCGAGCCGCCCUCCCCGUCCUCCCCGUCCACCCCGCCCACGGCCUCCGCGCUGGAUUACCCCAGCGAGAACCUGGCCUUCAUCGACGAGUCCUCCGACACCCAGAGCGAGCGCGGCUGCGCGCUGCCCCGCGCGCCACGGGGUCGCCGCCGUCCCCCUAACCCUCCCCGGAAGCCCGCGCGGCCGCGGGGCCCAGGGCGCCCGCGGGAAAGAGGCGUGCCCGCGUAGGGGCAGGACCCCCGGCCCGGGCCUCUCCAAGGGCUUGGUUCUUGCGCUCUCCCCGGCAUGCUCUGCUUGUUUGACCAAAGAGGCCUCUCUCGACCGGACCGAGGCCUGCGGAGGAGGCUACGGGCUGCCACACCCCGCUCCUGGCCUUCUCCUCACUUCAUCCAUUUGCAGAACCCCCCCAAGGCUUUCUGUCUCGCUGUCUCGGCUGGGCCCGUCCCUCACCACACCUCACGACUGUGCCUCAAAAGCCUGCAUCAAUAAAUGAAAACAGUUUGCACCGCUGCGGGCGUGCGCGCUCCGGGGACGCGAGUGGGUGUGGGAGUGCUUGCGUCGGGCCACCUCCCGGGCAAGCCAGGCCUCCUGUGA